UGAGUGCAGAAGCGAGGCAUCCAGUUAUAGUAUAUAUACACGGAGAGUCUUUCGAGUGGAACUCGGGAAAUCCUUACGAUGGAAGUGUUUUAGCAUCUUACGCGGAUCUCGUGGUUGUUACCCUUAAUUACCGCUUGGGAAUACUAGGAUUCCUCAACGCGAACCCCGCUCCGCACUUGAAGGCACGUGUUGCGAAUUACGGUUUAAUGGAUCAAAUCGCAGCGCUGCACUGGAUUCAGCAAAACAUUGCUCUCUUCGGUGGAGAUGCAGGGAACGUCACCCUGGCCGGACAUGGGAGUGGUGCGGCGUGCAUCAAUUUCCUAAUGAUAUCACCGACCGUCAUGCCAGGACUUUUCCACCGAACAAUGCUACUGUCUGGCUCCGCGUUAUCCUCUUGGGCUUUGGUCGAAGACCCCGUCAACUAUGCAGUAAAGUUGGCGAAAGAAGUGAACUGCUCGAUUCCGGAUGAUGUUGCGAAAGACCACGAAGCCAUAGUGGAUUGUUUACGUGAUACGGCGUUGGAGAAUCUGUUGCAGGCAGACGUGACUGCUCCGGCAUAUCUUAGUGCUUUCGGACCGAGUGUGGAUGGUGUCGUGAUCAAAACAGACUUUGCCAAAGAGUUGCUAACUUAUUUUAAGCCUUCCGAUUUGCAAAACUUCGUAGGUCCCGUAAAUGCUAAUAUGAAACGUAGUGAGGCAAGUUUAACGCCGCGAGGCACCAACCCGUACGAUAUUUUGUUCGGGGUUGUUACUAGUGAAGCACUUUGGAGGUUCUCCGCCGCAGACAUCCAAGCGGGAUUCGAGGGAGAGCGAAGGGAUAAAAUCGUAAGGACCUACGUUCGGAACGCAUACACCUAUCACCUGAGUGAAAUAUUCUUUACCGUGGUCAACGAGUACACUGAUUGGGAACGAACUGUCCAGCAUCCGAUCAAUACGAGAGAUGCGGCUGUCGCUGCUCUCAGCGAUGCCCAAUUCGUUGCACCUUUGGUCCAAACUGGUGACUUGUUGAGUGCUAAACCACCGCAACCAGGACAAGAACCCUCAGGACCAAAAACGUUCUUCUACGUCUUCGAUUAUCAAACAAAAGACGGCGACUAUCCACAGCGCAUGGGAACUGUACACGGGGAGGAACUUCCAUACAUUUUCGGUGCCCCAUUAGUCGAUGGAUUCAACCACUUCCCCAGAAAUUACACAAGAUCAGAAUUAGCGCUAGCAGAAGCCGUUAUGAUCUACAUUGCAAAUUUCGCCAGGACGGGGUGA